AUGGCCCGUCGAUGUUCAUAUUGCGGGCGUUUUGGUAACCCUGAGAGCAUUAACGAGGAGACUGGCCUCUGCCACAAAUGCAAUAAAGACAUACAGCCUUCAUCAAAGAGUGGUGUUGCUUCUCUUGCUGGCAAGAGCGGUGAAGGCCCAAGCAAGGUAGCCGCAGCAGUCAUGUUGCAAAUGGCAGCGGUAGAUGUCAGUGACGAUUCAAGCUCCGCUGGAAGUAUCACCUCCAUUCACUCUGAUCAGGACCACGAUGACGAGGAUAAUUCCUGUGUCGACAGAAAUGGAGAUGGGAACGAGAGCAAAAAUACGAAGCCCAAUAGCCAGGAGCUCAGGAGCCGUGGCAGUAGCAAUGUGUCUAGCAACCAGGAAAUAGAAUCUGAACUGUGUGCGCGAUGUUGGAAAAACCCAUCGACAACCAUCCUAUACAAUACACCUAUAUGCGGCGAAUGCUAUCAGAUUGCACAGGAGAAGCGGGAACACACUAAAGGGACAAAGGAGAAAGGGAGCGGAGCCUCCCUCAGCCAACAGGUGGCGAAAAGACGGCUAAGACGGUUUCCUAACAACCAGAAACGCUUCCAACCGCCGACCCCUGACCUCCAGCCCGGAAAAAGACUGACGCGGGUCUGCGACUCGUGUCGCCGGAAGCGAAAGCGGUGCCAGCAUCGCCGCGUGGUGGACGAGAACGAUCCUGAUGCGGACUUCCGAAAGCGGUCGAGGAAGGUACAAACAUCGACCGUGACGAACGGCCUCAUUGUGUCGGAAACAGAACAAGACGCCAUUGCCGCUCCACGCACCCGCGAUACUACCACCAUAGGCACAGGCACAGGCACAGGCACAUCCACAAGAACAGUCAGCACGUCUUCUGACAAAGGAGCCUCCAUGACGACAAUAGCCGUGGAUAGCAAAGGAUGUUCCACCAGUAGCCUGCAGCGGGCGGUCGAGGAGUCUGUCCACGUCGUGUUCUCUAGGGAGAUGGAUAGACUGGUGGGAGCGGCGGAGGAGAAGCUGUCAGACGCUGCCGUCGCGCUUGACGAUAUCAAGGGGCAUAUGACAGCGUGGUUGGAGCGUGUAAACGAGGAUCGGGGUAGAUCCCGGUUGGCAAAGGAGGAAAAACGGGACUGA